GGUUUUCCCCAAAGGCGGUUCCCGGUUUUUCCCCAAAACCGCCAUCAUCGCCUCAGAUCUCUCUAUCCAAUGCUCCUCUCCAGUAUAAAGGUCCCGCCUCUCUACUCUUGCCAUCUCUCCGCUACUGCUACUGUCUCCUCCGCUUUGGAGCCACUUAUAGGGAUUAGGGAUGAAGCCGCGGAGAUUGUGCGAGCUCUGCGAGGGAGAGGCGGCGGUCUACUGCGAGCCGGACUCGGCGUUCCUUUGCUGGGCCUGCGACGCUGCCGUCCACGGCGCCAACUUCCUGGUGGCCCGCCACGUCCGGCGGGUCGCCUGCGCCAAGUGCUGGUCCGUCGACGCCAGACGUCUCAUCUCCGGCGCCGGGUCCCCUCCGAUCCGCUACAUCUGCCGAUCCUGCGACCCAGAUCCCGCUUCCUCCCCGUCCUCGUCUUCUUCGACGAGCUCUUCUUGCCUGUCCAGUGCUGAGUCUUCCGUGGCGCCGGCGAGGGAGGAGGAGAAGAAGGUCCGCCGCCGCCAGCGGUCGGGGAGGCGGGUGCGGAUGCGGGAAGAGGUGCACGAGAGGGCGGAGGGGAUCCUGGCGAGCUGGAGCCGGAGGAUGGGGCUGAGGGGAGGACAGCGGUGCGUCGGAGCGGCGGCGCACGUGCUGAGCGCGUGCCCGAGGGUGGUGGCGGCGUUGCCCUUCCGGGUGGCCCUGGCGGCCGCGCUGUGGUUCGCCGCCAAGCUCAGCGAGGUGGCGGAGGGGACGGGAGGUGCGGCGCUCGAGGCGGUGCUCCGGCGGCUGGAGGCGUGUUCUGGUGUGCCCGCGAAGCUUAUCGUGCUGGCCGAGGCCCGGCUUGCGCGGGCCGCCAGCCGGACCCGAGUCGUUGAGGAGGGCUGGGCCGAGUGCUCGUAGCGAGACAUCGACACGUAUCCCAUUUUCCAACAAAAUCAAGCAUCUUUAUGUGGUGGAUUUUGGUCCAGAGGGAAGCUUGGUGGAUGCUCCAAGGAAACGGUAGUGGUUUACUUUAUUGAGUAUACUCUUAAAUUGGACCGGGCACAUCUUUUUGUCAAAGCAAGCAUAUGAUCGUAGCUCUGAUGAGAUAAAGAUGAGAAUUAGUAUUUAGUUACGUUUGAUUGUUUCAUUUCUAAAUGGCUCGGAAAGUUUCCUUUUUCUUUUGUCCCCGCGCCCACCAGAGAUCAGCAUUUCAUUUGAUGGCGUAAGUUUGAAACUAUAAUGACAUUUUAACC